AUGCCCCAGCCUCGAAGUAGCCCGCGCGCGAUCCGCACUCUGGAGCAAAGACCCAACCUGAUGGCUCGCCCCCAUCGAGUAACAGCUUCUUGGGCUGUGGAAAAGGAGACGACUUUCGAGGUGAUGUCUUUCUCCCGGAGGCUCGAGGAUAGUGGCGGUCAUCUCAGGCUGCACAACAAUUUGAUGAAACAUGGACACUGUACUGUGGGCGAUAGACUUGCAAGAAACAUCCUUCUGGCCUGCAAGCAGGCGGGUCACUGCUGUAGGAGGAUCAUCCUCCAAAGCCCUGGAGCCAGCAGCCUUGCUAUAUGGAGUUUUGUCGAGGUUGCUCUUGCUUCCAAAGCCAGGAGAUACACGUACCACCUCGGUCCCAAAAGCAAAUCUGUCCAAGCAGUGCUUUCCAAGGCCAUACAACUUACCUGGCUGCUCCCUGUGCCUCCCACAGCUUCGCAGAAAGUUGUUGCUGGCUCCUUGUCAACAUUCAAAAUGCUCCUCCUGACUAGGGCGAAUUACUUUACAAAGCACCACGGACAGAGAACCAAAAGCGACACAAAGUUCUAG